GCACAUGGCAAGGCCGCCCCAAAAUAACCUGAGACUACAGCGCUGACAAAUGUUGCUACUUUUACUGCUGACAGGGUUACCCUACCCUAGCGACUUGCCCCCAUGUUUUUUCCGGUAAACUCCAAGGUUCUCUCCGUGUGAGAGGCCGGGCAGCUGCCACCGUAAGGAUUUCCCCAAGGUGGGUGCCACCGGAAGACCAGGUUUGCUGUGAGGAUUUGCCGCUCCUAGACGGGGCCAGCUGGGGGGCUUAUUAGCAUGCAGGACCACAACGGCGCCGAGCCGCCGCAGCAGCUCCUGAGGGAGAGCUACCUGGCAGAGGCCCGCGCCCAGCAGCGCCACAGCGACAUGAGCCGCUCCGACUCCAGCAGCUCCCGCCGCCUCGUCUACGGGGGGCUCAAGGAGGCCCCCGACGAGCCCCCGGGGCCCGACCUGUCGGCCUUCCUCAGCCAGGAGGAGCUGGACGAGAGCGUCAACCUGGCGUGCCAGGCCAUCGGACACAAGCCCCGCGAGGAGAGGGCGGCGGAGAGGAAGGCCCCUCGAGGCGCGGCCCGUUCUGCGCCGACCGCGGCGACGCCUUCCUCGGCCGUCCCCACGGCGACCGUCUGCUCAGCGCCUUCGUCGUCUUCCUUCCCCGUCCCUCCCUCUGCCUCUUCGUCUUCGUCCUUCACUGUCACAGUCCCUCCCUCCUCAUCAUCGUCCUUCACCGUCCCUCCCUCUGCAUCUUCAUCCUCCUCCUUCACGGUCCCUCCUUCCUCAUCCUCCUCCUUCACGGUCCCUCCUUCUGCUCCUUCAUCCUCCUCCUUCAGCGUCCCUCCUUCCUCCUCAUCCCUCUCUGUCUCCGUCCCUCACUCUGCACCCUCCCCCCCCUCCUCCUCCUCCUCCUCCUUUGCUGUCCUCCCCCCGGCGGCCCCCGUGAGGAAGGAGCCCUCCCAGCUCCCACACGCGGCGGCGUUCAGAGCGGACACUAAGUCGGAGAGCGCUCCGGCUCUGGCAGCCAACGGCAUGAGCCACAGCAAGCCGCCGGGCGAGGCCCCCGCCCCCGACCCCGCCCGCUCGGCCAGGGGCCCCCCGGGCUUCGGCGUGGAGAACCAGUCCAAGAAGGAGUUCCUGAACAAGGCGGCGGACUUCAUCGAGGAGCUGUCCUCCCUGUUCAAGGCCAACAGCACCAAGAGGGUCCGGCCCCAAGGGUCCGGCCGCAAGACGCACAAGAGCCGCGCUCAGAAGGACCCCGAGGACCGGGACCGCCCGGUCGAGGCCCCCGGCCCCCCGGAGGAGGCGGCCGUGGAGAGCCGCCGGCCGAGCCCGGGGACCGCCCCCUACCCGCCGGAGCGGGAGGCUGCCCAACCUCUGCCCCCCCAGCAGGACGGCCCAGCGGGCGGGGCGCAGCAGACCCACGGUGACCCUCCCUCCCAGCAGGUGGAGGUGGAGGAGGAGGAGGAGGAGGGGGGGGGGGGGCAGCGAGAGGAGGAGGAGGAGGAGGAGGGGGCAGCGGGGAGACCUGCCCCGACGGAGCCCCCAUACUCAGAGGAGCCCGUCUGCGAGCCUCCCUGCUUCGUCCAGAAGCUGAAGAGCCGGGAGGUUCUGGAGGGCAGCAAGGUCCAGCUGGAUUGCACCGUGACAGGACUGCCCGUUCCCGAGGUCCGGUGGUUCUGCGAGGGCAAGGAGCUGGAGAACAGCCCGGACAUCCAGAUUUUGACCCUCGCCGGGCGCCACUCCCUCGUCAUCGCCGAGGCCUUCGAGGAAGACACCGGCCGCUACUCCUGCUUCGCCUCCAACUACUACGGCACCGACUCCACGUCGGCAGAGAUCUACGUGGAGGGCGCCUCGUCCACGGACUCGGAGGGAGAGCCGCCCGCUGAACACGUGCCCCGUCAAGUACAGAAAGCACAAACGCAUCCAGCCACGCCGUCCCCCCAGGCAGCCGACGUUGGAGCCGAUGACUCAGACGCCUCAAGUCAAACCACCAUCGUCUCCAUCACCCCCACCUCCGCCGCCGCCGCCGCCGCCGCCGCCGCCUCCACCCCCACAGCAGAGGAGGAUCAGCCCUAUCAGCACCCCCCCGUCGGGACGCUGAGAGAGGAGUCCCGCGUCCAGCCCGAAGCUCCUCCUCCGGCCCCGGAGUGCUCCUCCACCACAGCCACACCGUCUCUGUACGGGGAGCCCUCCGAGGCCCCCGUCGCCCCCCCGCCGUGUGCCCCCGCCCCCCCGCCAUCAGAGCCCCCGGAGGAGCCGGUUCCUGAACCCCUCCCCGGGGCGGGUCCUCAGCCGCUGGGUCUGGUGGAGGUGACCCCGGCGGAGGCCUACGGUCACGGGGCUCCGUCACAGACUCUCACCGUGGAGAAUCAGAACUCCACCCAGCUGUCCCAUCAGGAGCAGGACGUACGGCCCAUCAUGGCUGCUCCCGUGUUCACCAAGAGCCUCCAGGAGGUCAGUGCCCUGGAAGGCCAGCUGGUGGUGCUAGAGUGCCGUAUGAAGGGCGUGCCCUCCCCCAGGGUGGAGUGGUACAGAGAGGGAACAGUCAUAGAGGACUCCCCUGAUUUCAGGAUACUCCAGAAAAAACCCAGAUCCCACACUGAAUCAGAGGAGAUCUGCACGCUGGUCAUCGCCGAGGUGUUCCCCGAGGACUCCGGGAUGUUCACCUGCACGGCGAGCAACAAGUACGCCACGGUGUCGAGUCUCGGGCGGCUGCGGGUCAAAGGCAACGUCCGCGGCGGUGGCGGUGGCGAUGCGAGCACUCUGAGCGGCGCAGCGAUGGAGUCCGGCCAAGUCCGGGAAUCUUUCCUCCACGAGGUCUCGGCUGCCGCCCAGCACCGCCCCGAGGUGACCGUGACCACCAGUGUCAAGCCCCGCUCCAGCUCCGUCCGCCUGGAACCACUGAACUCCAGCUCCAACCGCAUUGAUUCACUCAGCUCCAGCUCCAUCCGCCUCGAACCGCUCAGCUCCAGCACCCUCCGUCUGGACCCCCUCAGCUCCAGCACCCUCCGUCUGGACCCCCUCAGCUCCAGCACCCUCCGUCUGGACCCCCUCAGCUCCAGCACCCUCCGUCUGGACCCCCUCAGCUCCAGCACCCUCCGUCUGGACCCCCUCAGCUGCAGCAUGAGCGGCAGCGUCAGCCUCCCCAGCCUCGACCCGCAGGCCUUGGGCGGCAGCUCCCGCGAGAGGAUCAGCUACACCAGCACCCCUCGCCUGGACCCCCAGUACCUGACCCCCCAGCACCUGAACCCCCCGGGCUCCGGGGAAUCGGCCCCCGGGCCCCUCGGCGUCGACCACGGCGCCCCGUUCUACCUGAAGCCCUUCGGCCUCACGGCGGAGCCGGAGCCGCCCCCGUACCGGCCCGCCCCGCCCGGCCCGGCCGCCCCCGAGGGCCCGCCCCCUAAGGUCAGGGCGCCCCCCGCCGUGGUGCCGCUCCCCGACCCCCCGGCCAACUCGUGUCUGAAGUCGAGCGCUCCGACGAACCCCAGGGAGCCGCGGCCGAGCGCCAAGGCCGGCCUCCGCGUCACCUUCCGGCUGCCGGAGGACGAGGAGGACGAGGAGCCGUGUGACCCGUCCGGCUGGCCGUACGAGGAAGGGCUGGCGGCCAGGGGACCGCCGCCCGUGCUGACCAAACCCAAGCUGGACCCAGCUCAGCUCCAGAUCUUACACAACCAGGUUCUCCUCGAGCAGCAGCAAGAUGGGGACUCACACUCGCACAGCAAAGCCCGACCCCAGUCUCCACCCUGGACCCAAUCCCAGUCCCUGAGCCAAUCCCAGUCCCUGAGCCAAUCCCAGUCCCUGAGCCAAUCCCAGUCCCUGAGCCAAUCCCAGUACCAGCCACCACCACAAAUUCAGUCCCAGACACAAUCGCAGCCAGCGCCUCACACCCAGUCCCAAUACCAGCCACCUCCUCAAGCCCUGAGCCAAUCACAGCCUCAGAUCUACUCCCAAUACCAGCCACCCCCUCAAGCCCAGUCCCUGACCCAAUCCCAGCCAUUACCACAAAGCCAGUCCCAGUAUCAGCCAGCACCUUACACCCAGUCUCUAACCCAAUGCCAGCCACCAGCUCAGAGCCAGGUCCAGACCCAAUCGCAGCCUCAGAUCUCAUCAGAGUCUGUGGUUUGGUCUCCCAGGUUGCCUCGGGAACCAACUCCGCAGCACUUCCUGCUGUACACCAACACCGCUGUAACCACGCAGUCCCAGGUCCCCGUGUCAGCCUACGCCAUGGCUCACACCGGUGUAACCACGCAGUCCCAGGUCCCUGUGUCAGCCUACACCAUGGCUCACACCGGUGUAACCACGCAGUCCCAGGUCCCCGUGUCAGCCUACACCAUGGCUCACACCGGUGUAACCACGCAGUCCCAGGUCCCCGUGUCAGCCUACGCCAUGGCUCACACCGGUGUAACCACGCAGUCCCAGGUCCCCGUGUCAGCCUACGCCAUGGCUCACACCGGUGUAACCACACAGUCCCAGGUCCCUGUGUCAGCCUACGCCAUGGCUCACACCGGUGUAACCACGCAGUCCCAGGUCCCUGUGUCAGCCUACGCCAUGGCUCACACCGGUGUAACCACGCAGUCCCAGGUCCCCGUGUCAGCCUACGCCAUGGCUCCUACAAUGCCAACGCUGACCUCCGGUCCGGCGGCGACUCUUCCCACCGCCCCAGCAGCCCAGCCGAACAGCGUUCCCGCUCCCGCCACCAGCCGCCCCUCCCCUCCGCAGCUUAAGAUGGCUCCGCCUGCGAGGCCCCAGCUGUCGACGCCGACGUCCCUGUACGACGCCCCUGCCGCGGCCGCCACUCCAACGAACACCAUCCACGCCUCCCACCUCAACCUGUCCCUCGCCGCCCUCUCCAAGUCCACGCCCCCCGGCCACUUCAGCUCUCCCCCCCCACCCCAGUUCCACGCCACCCCCUCGGACACCACCCAGGGCAGCCUCUCCUCCUCCCUGCAGGAGGUCACCUCCCCCACCCCCAUGCUGAGGAGCAGCUACGCCUCCCUCAUGAACCUGGGCCCCGCCGCGCCGAGCUCCGCCUACUCCCGGCCCCAGGAGUUCGUGGCGGCCCGGCUGCUGUCGCCGGUGACGAGCCCGUCCCCGACCGAGUCCCCGGUGCCGCUGCUCAACGAGCUGGCGGCCGAGUUCAACUCGUCGUCGGCGGCCAGCUCCCCGACCCUGCCGCCGUUCUCCCCGCCGCGCGUCUUCCCCACGCGGGUGCUCCGGUCGCCCGCCAGCCCCCUGUCCGUGACGUCCUCGCCGACGCUGAUCUCCGCCCCGUACCUCAACUCGGUGUUCGCGGGGCGGACGCAGUCGCCGCCGCAGGCUGCCUCCCCGGCCUCCAGCAGCUCCACGCCCAGCCCCAUCCAGAACCCCGUGGCCUUCCUCAGCUCCGUCCUGCCCUCGCUGCACAUCGCCAAGGGAACCAACUCCAUGGGGCUGCCCAAGAGCGCCCCGGCAGGGCAGUUGAGGAGGCUACCCAAAUCGCGGACGCCAUCCUCUGAAGAUAUCAGAGCCAGCAAAGAGGUGAUCCUCAACGACAUCGAAAGGAGGCUCAACGCCAAUCGCUUCAACGAUAAUUCUUCACCUUUUGGAUUUCAACAGAAGCUGAAAAAUGAGGGGAAACCAGCCAGCCGAUCCCUUGGACCAAACAUUCCUGCCCAUGUCUUUAACUAUGAUGAGGCGUACAAAGUGUCCAACUUCGAGCAGCGGCUGAUGAGCGAGAUCGAGUUCCGGCUGGAGCGCACGCCGGUGGAGGAGUCGGACGACGAGGUUCACCACGACGCCGUCCCUACGGGCCGCUGCAUCGCCCCCGUCUUCGACAAGAAGCUCAAGAACUUCCGGGCCAUGGAGGGGGUGCCCGUCACGCUCUCCUGCAAGCUGGUGGGGAUCCCCAUUCCCAAGGUGUACUGGUUCAAAGACGGAAAGCAGAUCUUGCGAAAGAACGUUCACUAUAAGAAGAUACGAGAGGGCGACGGAACCUGUGCCUUGCACAUCGACUGCACCACCAACGACGACGAUGGGAACUACACCGUCAUGGCGGCUAAUCCCCAGGGUAGGAUCAGCUGCUCGGGCCAUUUGAUCGUCCAGACGGGUGCUUCCCGGAACAGGAUGACACCCAUUCACUCUCAGAGGGUGAAGACCCGCAUACAGGAAGUAGAGGACGGCGAGCCGAGCCAGGAACGCUUCUUUCAGCCUCACUUCCUGCAGGCUCCGGGGGACAUGGUAGCCCACGAGGGGAGACUGUGCCGACUCGACUGUAAGGUGAGCGGCCUGCCCAACCCGGAGCUGAUGUGGUUGGUCAACGGGAAGCCGAUCUACCCGGACAUAUUUCACAGGAUGUUGGUGCGGGAGAACGGCGUCCACUCGCUGGUCAUCGACCCCGUGGUGCAGAACCAUGCCGGUGUCUACACCUGCAUCGCAAGCAACAAAGCCGGCCAGAGCUCCUUCUGCCUAGACCUGAAGGUGUUAGAGAAGGAGGUGAAGCACCCUCCGCACUUUGUGGAGAAGCUGCAGAACUGCGGGAUCCCGGAGGGAAACCCGGCUAGGCUGGAGUGCCGCGUGUCGGGAAUGCCUCCUCCGGCGCUGUUCUGGAAGAAGGACAAUGACACGAUCCCUAGAAAUAAGGACAGAUUCAGCAUGCAUCAAGAUGCCACUGGGUACGUGUGUCUCCUAGUCCAGCCAACCAGGAAAGAGGAUGCUGGCUGGUACACGGUCUCGGCUAAAAAUGAGGCUGGCAUAGUGUCAUGCACCUCCAGACUAGACAUUUAUGCCCAAUGGCACCAGAGUAUCCCCACGCCCAUGAAGACGGCCCCGCGCACGGGGUCCCGCUACGCAGCCCUCACGGGCCAGGGGCUGGACAUCAAGUCGGCUUUCCCUUCCACUGAGAGCGGACCCAUCCUGUUCUCCAGCUCUCCGCGGGAGUCGCAGCUGGAGAGCGACGAGCUCUGAGCUGUGAGCCUCCGCCGAACGGGAUCACGCACAGCACUGCCCCCGGUCGGAGCUCUGGUGGGGUUUGGGCCGACGGAUCCUCGCUGUGAUUCUACGCUGCAACACGCAUCGUCAAAACCGUUGUGUGGUAGCAAACAUGACAAGUAAUGCAUCGAAAGUUAGAGUGAAAGUAACAUGGCUGUAGUGACUGGCACCUGUGUCAAAUGACAUACCUAGCAGAUGGAUGACUGAAGGGCUGGUUAUGGCUCCACGUCGACGCAACGCAAGGGGGUUUAUGGACCCCUUACGUCCUUGCGGACCCUCCUUGCGUCCACCGCAAGGGCCGGACGUGCGCCUCCCAAAAAUUGUAACCUUGCGUCGAGGAGACGCAGCAACAGGGGCUGUGAUUGGUCCGCUUACUAAAAACCAGACACGGAACCAAUACAGGUUCACGACUGCGUCGAAGCGUCUGCGUGGUCAUUGCGUUGCGUCGACGUGGAACCAUAACUGAGCCUUAAGUAACGACUCCAGUUUAUUGGUGGCAUUUAGAGAUUAGAGCAUUAUAUUCUGCAUUAUGCGUGCAGAAAUACAGGAUGGUUUUGCAAAGUCUUAGUCCACAUCCCACCAGUCACACAUGGGAAUGUUUGUCUGUGUUGUGGAAGAUUUUAAUCCCCUUCAUCUUUUUCUACAUCAUAGUCUGCAUUUUUUAGACGCAUUUUCGGUUUCUUUCAGUUCAAACUCUGUUCUUAAUAAUUGUAUGACAUUUUAUUUAUACAGUCCCACAGAUUAUUUUGACAAUGUUUUAUUUUGUAUUGCAACAUCUAUAUAGUUGUGGUAAUAAUAAUUGCUUUAAAUGUUAUUUAAAAUGACAUAUACCUUCAUAGCGUUUUAUUGUCAUACAUAUUCACAUAUACAUUAGAUAUUUUCAGUGAAUAUGAACAUCGCUGAAUGUUUUAUUGUUGAUUUAAUUUGUUACAAAAAGGAUGCACUCUUUAAUGAUAAGCUCAACGUAAUUUUCAAACCAUUAACUAUUUUGAACCGUGUGUGUGUUUGUCUUUGUGUUUGUGUGUGCGUGUGCGUGUGUGUGUGAGCAUGCCGGUAAGCAUGGGGAAUGUUGUGAAGCUAGAUCCGUAUAAAUGCAGAUCAUUGAGAGAUUGAAGGAUGACAUGGUUGGCAGGUCCUAUGACGGCUGUCAAUGCUGUGUGCUUAACCUAGCUUCACAUUCAUGGUUUUGCACUUCAAAAACAAUAUAAUAUAUUUUUAUUAUAUUAUUUAUAUUUUAUAAUAAGCUGUACACCCUACAGCUUAUUGUGCCAAACUAAUUUGUGGGUAAUGAGUUCUAUAGACUGAACUCCGACGUAUCACAACUCAGUUAUCACCCGCACCAGAUACCAAUAGAUUGAAUUUAUUUCUUGCCAAACACAUGUAUUGGUUUACUACAGAAAAUGUAUGCAUUCACAAAUCGGACAUACAUGUCAAAGAUGUGAGGACGUCAUGUCUUUAAUAAUCAAGGCAGUUUGGAUCCAGUGAGGGUGUUUGGAAAAAAAAAAAGAAACUGCUUUCAAAGCACAUAUUUUAAUGAUGUAAAGUUGCACAAUGUAAAA